AUGGGACACCAAGACGAAAACGUUCAACUCUUCGGCCAGUGCAAGGUCUGCAUAGUAUGCUCCAAAGAUCUUAGCCUGGAUUCUGCACAACAGCUCGCAUCCACGCUCGAGGAACAUGGCGGCGAGCCAGUUGUCUACGAAUACCCCGCGGAUUUCCCCGAUUUGGCGCAGUUCAGCCAUAUCAUGUCCACUACCAUCGACUUUCCUGAGUUCGACGCUGCCAAUGAUGCCUUGAUUCCCGUUGUCAAACCUCAAUGGAUGCUAGCGUCAUUAUCCAAAAAGAAACUGGCCAAUCCCCGCCAAUAUAGCCCGGACCCUCGACUCUUCUUGAAUGACGUGGUGGUCACCUGCGGUGACAUUCCCGAGGGCGACAAAGAUGCGAUUAUUGGUGGCGUACUAGCGAAAGGCGGCCUUUACCAUCCAAGGGUCACCCAGAUGUGCACCCAUCUCGUCGAUCUGACAAUCGGAUCCGAUAAAGCUCAACUUGUCAAAGCCAGGAACUUUCCUGUCAAAAUCGUCCUUCCACACUGGUUCGACGACUGCUUGAAGCUCGGGCGACGAAUCGAUGAACGCCCGUAUAUGCUUCCUGAUCCCGAGAUCCUCCGCGCAGCCCCCGACCUUCCAAUUCGAUCAGCAGAAAACCGCGACAUUGUCGGAGCAUCUACUCCAGAGCCCUCUACGUUACCGACCCCAAUAACUUCCCCCGUCAAGAGUAACUUGAAAGUGUUCCAAGGAAAAGUUGUCAUGCUCUCUCCAGAUCUAGGAAUUGGCUCGCAUCUCCAGAAAACCAUUGCCGGUCUUAUUAAGGACGGAGGCGGAGAGGUAACAUCCGAUGUUUCGAAGGCGACCACUCUCAUUUGCCGGUACAGAGAAGGAUUCGCCUACCGGAUGGCUUCAAGAUUGAGCAAAGAUGUGGGGAAUCUGUCCUGGCUUUACCAUCUCAUGACUUACAACACCUGGACUUCUCCCUACCGCCGUCUCCUACACUAUCCAGUCCCACGCACCCCGAUCCCGGGCUUUGAGAAAUACAAGAUAAGCUUGUCGAACUACGUCGGCGAGGCGAGGGCGUAUCUCGAGAAUCUGAUUUCGGCAACAGGUGCAGAAUGCACUAAAACCUUGAGACAACAAAACACACAUUUGGUGACUGCGCACGAUAGCAGUGAAAAGUGUUUAGCGGCAAGGGACUGGGGACUCGAGGUGGUCAAUCAUUUGUGGCUUGAAGAGUCUUACGCAAAAUGGAAGGAGAUGCCCGUGUCUGAUCCUAGGUACACCCAUUUCCCUCGACGUACCAACUUAGGUGAGGUCGUGGGUCAAACGCGGUUGGAUAGGUCUUCUCUCGAGAGUCUCUUUUUCGCAUCGGAAGAGACCCCCUCAGCACCUACCGUCCCGAAGAAGGCGCCGCAACACAAAGGUCAGAAUGCUACCGCUAGUAAGGCCCUGAGUACGACGGAAGUCGAUGAUACUACGUUGUCAGAUACAACCAAUGCCACUCCAAGAGUUGGAAAGUCUAAGAAGGCAACUCUCCACACCCCUGCCCGAUCCCGUCUCGCGCCCGAUGAGAAAGAGAAUGAGACACCGUCGUCUACUAGCAGUCGCAAAUCUAAGGAAGCCGCAACAGCUAGGCUGCAUGAGAUUGCACCUGACAUUGCGCUCUAUGAGAAGGAGAAGAAGCGCGUCGGCGGCGUAAUUUACGGUGGCCGGAGAGUCACCGACGAGGACCGCGUGACUCUUAAUGGUAGCAAGAAACGGCCUUCAAUGGAGGCACAAACUGAGAGCGAUGAGGAGGACACGGCUGAGACCAAGAAGCAGAAGAAGUCGAAGCCUCCAAUUUCAAUCCAUCUUCUAAUAACCGGCUACCAAAAGUGGGUGGGUAAUAUGAAGAAAGAAGAUGCUGAUAAGCGCCAACUUCGUGAGCUCGGAAUUAUGGUUGUUCAAGAUGCGCGGAAGUGCUCUCAUUUAGCUGCGCCAUCCGUCUUGCGAACACCAAAGUUUGUUAACGCGCUGGCAUAUGGGCCGGUGAUUGUGCAGGUUGAAUUCAUUGAACAAUGCCUGAAGAAAAACGAGCUUCUAAACCCCAACGAUUUUCUUCUCAAUGAUAAAGACGCCGAAAAGCGAUUUGGAUUGACAUUGGAACAGUCAAAAUCCAAUGCGAAGAAGAACAAAAACAAGCUUCUUCAAGGGUAUCAUAUCUAUUGCGUUGAGACCAUCCGCGGAGGGUUUGAGGCCUUCAAGUCUAUUGUCGACGCAAAUGGCGGGGAAUGCAACCUAUUCCGCGGACGCGUCUCAUAUCAAUCCAAACGCGAGGAGAGUGAUGAUGAGAGCGAAGAUGAGGAACACUCGAAUCGAAAGGAAAUAUAUCUUCUCAGCAGUAUUGCCACUGAGCACCAAAAGCUUUGGCCACGAUUUCGCCAGUUGGUUCAUAACAUGGGCAAGACACCGCGGAUUGUCCGGGUAGACUGGCUGCUCGAUAUGGCCAUGUCUCAGGAGUUGCGGGAGGCCGAAGAGUAUGAACUCGAUGAGGAGAUGACGGAACAGGCUGAAGAGUGA